ACCAGAACGAAGUCGGAGAUUGAGAAAGCUGCAUUCUACGCUAGUAGAGAAACUACAUCACUUCGGAUUUCUACCAAGUUGCUGCAUCAACUCCAAAGUAUUAGGCUCCUCGGAAAUGCAAUCCCCAUCCGUAGGCUACAUAUUGUUUGCCCUCGUCUGUACUGUUACACAAUAUAUUGUCGAUCCUGGAUCCUCAUGCAAAGCGGAAAUGCCACCUGUUGGUCCCCGUUUACUGCAAGCAAAAGCUCUGUUUGGUGAAGUAAUGCGACAGUGUAAGAAGGAAAUAUUCGUAUACCUAAAAAGUGUACCUCCUCACCUGCUAAGCAAGAUUAUACCCAUUUCGUGCGCUGUCUACCAUGAAUGCAAGCGGAUACAUGAAGGCAACGAGCUUGAACCUGUGGUCAACUGUUGCAUCUCAGCAUUCAAAAACAAGAGCGCGCCAUUGUACACAAAGUUGAACUUGUCAGACGCCUACGGACACGGUGCAGAAGCGGGCUUGGUAUGCACCUUGAAAGUUGCCCAAGAACGCGGUGCUGGUCUGCAAGCCCUUGACGACGAAAUCGGAUUUAUGCGAAAAGCAGCCCUGUCAUUUGGUUGGACCUGAGUGAAAAAUGUUUGCUUACAAGAGGUGGCAAAAUCUUAUCAGAUUUACUAGAUUUCUGUUCUACACCAAGCAACUCCGCAAGCUUUAUUCUUGAAAAUAACCUGGGGAAGUAGUCAUCGCUGGUACUUUAGAAUUCGAAUAAAAGGAACAAUUGCG